ACCAGCUUGAAGACAAUCAACAUCUACAUCAUUCAAAAUGACAUCUCCAGCCUGCAUCUUUUGCAAAAUCAUCAAGGGCGACAUCCCCUCCUUCAAACUCUUUGAAAGCGACAAAGUGUUUGCAUUUCUUGACAUUCAGCCCUUGAGCCGGGGACACGCUCUCGUCAUUCCGAAAUUCCACGGCGCAAAACUCACGGAUAUUCCAGAUGAAUAUUUAACCGAGCUUUUGCCCGUCGCAAAGAAGAUCGCUCAAGCAACCGGUGCCGAAGAUUUCAAUGUUUUACAGAACAAUGGUCGUGCUGCGCAUCAACUUGUUGAUCAUGUUCAUUUCCAUGUGAUCCCUAAGCCAAAUGAGAAAGAAGGUCUGGGAAUCUCGUGGCCUGCUCAGGCAACUGACAUGGACAAGCUGAAAGCUUUGCUUGAGGAGCUCAAGGGUAAGAUUUAAUGGCAUCUAUCUGCUUGAUCCUACAUUAGAAAUGGUCAGAAAUAGUCUAGUCGAACGUGGUUUUCAUUCUGUUGCUGUGGUUAUAUCCAUCAGCUCUACAUGGACUAUUAAGAUCCAUUAAUAAGUCCAAUCCUGCAUAAGAUUGUCAAAAUGAAAAUAUAAUCACGUCAAUCCUGAACAUAGCUCAAGUAUCGCGUAACCGCUCGCAUUGAGACGAGGAAAACCUAUCUAAUAAGCCCCCAGCUUAGAUGAAUUUAAAUAAACGUAAAUGCAACCAACCAAUUAAUUGAUCCUGAACCCCAAAACCGAAUCUAAAUAGACAGCUCAGUUGGCGGAAACAGCGACAGCAGGUGCAGAAGCAUCUACUCCAUUAACUUCCGGUGUCACGGCCUUUUCUCCAGUUUCAACUGUUGCUGCGCCGUUGGCUGUAGCGUCUUUGACCUCCUCAGAGCCCUUCUCCGGGUAGAAUUUGACCUUGCCGCCACCUAGGAUCACUCCAUUGCGGUCAUAUACAGAGCGAGCCCGGACAUACGGGUCGGUCUCCCAGUAAUGUCGUGAGUAUUUUGCAGCGAGUUCUUCUCUCUUGGCUUUCCAUGACGCAACACCUGCCUCGUCACCCUUGUUUGCAGCUUCAAUCCAUUUCUUCGUGGCGUCUUGUACCUCCUGUGCAAUUUCUCUGUGUUUACCGAGGACUUCUUCGCGUUUAGCUGUGUCUUUCAUGGCAUCAUUUUCGCCAGGUUGGGGUUCAACAUAUUCGAAUUCGGCGUUAUCGUCGCCGCCAUGCUCUUUCAGAAUGCGGCUGCGGUCGAUAAAAGCCUCUAAGUCUUCGGUAGUGUUGGUAAAGUGAACCUUGGCUGCGACGACAGGGUCGAGCCAUCCUUUAAUAACCUUCCAAAUACCUAGACUCGAUUAGAUAUCGAUCUGCAUAUGCCAUUGUAGAAGGUACAAACCUGAGAAUAUCCAUGGUGCCUGAUGGAUGAGCACAGCUCCGAGAGAUUCUGGGUAAUUUGCUUCAAAGCAUUUAAUGAUGAAUUUGAGGGGAGCGUAGUCC